CAAUAAACCCACCAAUCAUCAAUCAUGAUUUCCCUAAAUGAUGUUUAUCAUAUUGUGGCAGCCAUAAUUCCAUUAUAUGUGGCCAUGAUCUUGGCUUACGUUUCUGUAAAAUGGUUGAAGCUAUUCAACCGAGACCAAUGCUCGGGUAUAAACAAAUUUGUUGCUAAAUUUUCAAUUCCUUUGUUAUCUUUUCAAGUGAUUUCCAAAAGUGAUCCUUUCAAGAUGAACCUCAAGCUAAUUGGUGCUGAUGUUCUUCAAAAAGUCAUUGCCUUGAUUAUGGUUGCUAUAAUUACCAAAGUUAGAUCCAAUGGACACUUAAACUGGAUCAUAACAGGUAUUUCUUUGUCAACAUUACCCAAUACUUUGAUCGUAGGGAUCCCAUUACUAAAGGCAAUAUAUGGAGAUGAAGCACAUGCGCUUCUUGCACAGAUAAUUGCAUUACAAAGCCUAAUUUGGUACAACUUCUUGUUGUUUCUCUUUGAGUUUUCAACUGCAAGUGAAGCUCACAUGAUAGAAGCACAAGGGGAUCCAGAGGUCGAGCAAGAAGCACAAGAAAUUGAUGAAAGGGAGGGGACAAAAUCAAGAACUCCAAAAAGAAGAAGACUAAUUAUCAUUUUAUUAACUGUUGGGAAGAAGCUUCUAAUGAAUCCUAAUUUUCAUGCAACUGUAGCAGGCAUUGCAUGGGCAAGCAUAAGUUUUGGGUGCAAUGUGAAGUUGCCAAAGGUGGUUGAAAAUUCGAUAACUAUAUUGUCUGAUGGAGGACUUGGAAUGGCAAUGUUUAGCCUAGGUCUAUUCAUGGCAUCACAGGCCAGUAUAGUAGCUUGUGGUACCCGAUUGGCCUUAUUAGCAAUGUUCUUGAAGUUCAUUGUUGGGCCUGCAAUAAUGGCAGCACCCUCCAUUGCUAUUGGAUUAAAGGGUGUACCAUUUAAAAUCGCAGUUAUACAGGCAGCACUUCCGCAAGGAAUUGUCCCAUUUGUAUUUGCCAAAGAGUAUAAUGUUCAUCCGGAUAUAUUGAGCACUGGGAUAAUCGUUGGAUUGCUUGUGGCAUUGCCCAUUGCAGUGGUGUACUAUUUGUUGUUGGGAUCAUAGGUAAUGCACAAAAGGCAGGAAGUGAGGGAAUUAUAUGUAUGUAUGUAUGUAUAUGGCUUGUGAAAUUCUUUAUUCAUCUGAUAGAAAGCUUUCGGGCAUGUGAGCAAAAUAACCUAAUAGAAUGGGAUGGUAGAGAUUAUACAACGUGUGUGUAUUGUGCAUAUAUAAUUUUAUGUGAAAAC